GCCGGAAGUUGAAGUGGCCUAAAGUGCUUUCCUCCGGUGUCUGCCUUUCACCUAAUGGCGAGCUCCCUGUUUGCACUGCGGUCCUCCAGGGAUCUUGUGUCCCUUAGCGUACUUCCUGGGGGGCCUUCAUUGCGAAAAUUGUGGUGCCGAAGCCCGGCUCUGAAGAUUAAGAGAGAUCUUCUGAAACCGGUUAGUGCAAGAGAGCUCCCAACAUUUGCCUGGGCGAAGGAGAAGCUGGCCUUACAGCCUUUGACUCUUCGGCUGUUCGCGCGUGUCACAAAUGGAGUCUGCGGGAGCCGGUCCUUUUCCACUGCAGGACAGCUACCGCGAGGAACCAAGGGCCAAAAUGGCCCCCGCGCAGCAGGGCCUGUUUCCUGGAAGUCCCUGGCAUUCACAUUUGCUAUUGGUGGAGCUUUAUUGGCUGGCAUGAAGUACUUCAAGAAAGAAAAGGAAGAAAAGUUAGAGAAGGAACGGAGGCGAACCAUAGGAAAACCUUUACUUGGAGGACCUUUCUCACUCAUGGAUCACAAUGGAGAACCCAAAACUGAUAAGGACUACCUAGGACAAUGGAUACUAAUUUAUUUUGGUUUCACACAUUGUCCUGAUAUUUGUCCAGAGGAACUGGAAAAAAUGAUAGCCGUAGUGGAUGAAAUUGAUAGUAUUCCAACUCUGCCAAAUUUAAUACCACUUUUCAUCACUAUUGACCCUGAGAGAGAUAACAGAGAAGCUAUCGCAAGGUAUGUGAAAGAAUUUUCUCCCAAGCUAGUUGGCUUGACAGGUGGUCCAAAAGAGAUUGAUCAAAUUGCCAGAGCAUACAGAGUUUAUUAUAGUCCAGGACCCAAGGAUGAAGAUGAAGACUAUAUAGUGGAUCAUACAAUAAUAAUGUACUUGAUUGGCCCAGAUGGUGAAUUUCUGGAUUAUUUUGGCCAAAACAAGAAGAAUUCAGAAAUAGCUGGUUCAAUUGCUGCACACAUGAGAGAUCACAAGAAGAAACACUAAAAUAAUGUUAUUUAUAUUUCAGCGAUAUUUUCUUACUAGUAAGAGUGCUUUAUCUCCCUUAGGAGAUAGUAUAUAUGAUUUUCAGUUCCUCUGAAUCCCUGUACCCUGAAUACAUUGGAUGUUUGUCCUAUCCAGAGCAGUAGAAGAAAAACGACGUUUGCUCAGUUCUUUGAAUUGUAAUGAUUAAAGCAGGAAAUCUCUCAAGAAGUACUUUUCAUUAUGCUGCUGAAGUAUGGGGAGAGAUUGAAGCAAUAGUUAGUGAUAGCAUAAAAAUCAUAGAUGUAAUUUCUCGCCCUGUAUUUCAUCUUGCUGACCUGAUCUCUUGGCUUCACAGACACUUCUGAAUUGUGGCAGAUUAUUUCCAGAGAAAAGGAAGAUUUUUGGUGGUUGCUGUUAAAAAGAAAAAAAAAAGUCUUACUGGGACCAUGAUUGAACAAAGAUAAUUUUUUUUAUUAAAAAGCAGAAAUACCACCCUUAUUGCUUGCUUACUUAACCUGCAUCAGUCCAUCUGGGAGAGGGGGAACUGAUAAGAGGUUUUGAUUUUUUUUUUCUUUUUAAGUUAGGGAUAAUUGCCUUGGUUUCUUAUGUGUUCUUUGUUCUGUGAAGGAAUGUAAAAUAAAAGUGUUCAUUUCUUUUGCA